AUGAGUGAAGAAAAGGAAGACUUCGUUACGGAAACGAUGAGCGAUACAGCGGAAGAUAAGCACAAGUCAAGUAGACGAAGUCAAUUAUGGCGUUCUCGCCAAAAAACAAAAGCCAAACGUCGACAAUUACUGAAAUGUAUGGCAUUAAAAGAAAAUAAUUCUCCAACAGAAAUAAUUGUAGAAACCGAAGUUGAAAAUCCUGCAGAACCAUCCUGCAAAAUCCUUAAAAAAACACCGCAGCCGUCAACAUCACAGCCACAACCAUCGAGUAGUAAAGAAACAACACCGCAACCAUUACAGCCAAUACAGCCAAACACUACAUUAUGUAAUCGAAUCAAACCUGCUCAAUUGAACAAGCCACCACCAACACUUGAACAGCUAACCGAAGAAGUACGAAGAUUAAGAGAGAUAGUUGCGGAUGAGAAAACAUCCGUGGUCGAGGACAAGGACGUGGACGAGGACGAGGACGUGGACGUGGAAGAGGAAGAGGAAGAGGAAGAGGACGAGCACCA